CAUGUACAUACAUAGUUCUUUCGCUCUGGUGUGGAAAAAAUAAUAAUUGAAAAUAUCACUUUUUCUUUGGUUAUUGUUAACAUUUAAAAAUAUUGUCGUUUUUGACUCAUACAUGGAGACAAACAUCAGUGUGUUGUUGCUGGCACAGAGUUUGCCAAGUUUAAAUGGAAGUGUUUAGUCAUGCUUAUUAGCACGGUAGCGAUUGUCAAUGUAUUUCUACAGCUGUUUUUUAUCUGUACGUAUCUAUAAUAAAAAGUGUCCUUUAAACUCGUGCUCUUAUUCUCUGUUUUAAAUUCACUUGAUUGCUAUAUUGUUUUAAGUUGAUGAGGAAGAAAUGACAUAUUUUGUAAUGUGGCAUCUGCUUGAAGAUUUUUUGAAUAAUAAAAUAUCUGUUUAUACUUUUUUGUUUUCUGUUAAUGAGAAGAAAAUAAAAGCAGCUGUGAGUAUGUUCCUGCCUAGGUCAGAGGUUUUAAUAUAUAUAUUUAUUAUAGAUUGAGUUACUCUAUGCUGCUUUUUAAACCAACUCUUGCUUGUGCCUGUGGGGUAGUUUUAUGCGGCCGUUUUCUUCCUCAGUGCUGAAGUCAUCGGUCUCUCCUGCUGCUCACAACAAGGUCAGUGUUCAAACUGUUCAACCAACCAAUCAAAAAAGGAGCAUGUGUGUUAUGUUGGGCCAGGAAUUAAACCUUGUGUGGAAGUGUUACAGCAGUGGCGCAGUGGUAUUAAAGGCAUUAAAGAACAUGAGAGAGAAAUACUAGGAAAAAUUCAUCCUCACAGAAUUUUUAAGUAAAACAAACUCCUCUUUGUCUCUUUAACACCAAGUGUCCAUAGAGGAUGUCUCUAAACCUCUACUGCUGCGUCCAUCGCUAAUUUGACUUCACUGUCUUCUGUUCGUAGUUACCUCAUGGUCACAAACUCACCACAGGGGACAGCUGUGAAUCAGCAGCUGUUUCCUUUGACCUAAUUCAUUUCUUCUUUUUUGUCAGCCGUGGUGAAGGUGAGCCCUGACAGUGUUCAGAUAUUUCAUGGACGCAGAAUGUCUCUGAGCUCUGCAGUUGAUGGUGGAGAUGAAGACGAUGGAGACUCCGUUGGGUGGAGGCUGUUCAGAAACAUGUCUGAGGAGACCAGACAGUUGUGUGAUGCAUGGGGAGACUUAAAGGGGUCCAGCUGUGUCACAAUGGACAGUGGAGUUUAUUGGUGUGAGUCAACGGAGACUGGAGCCAGCAGCAUGGUGAUCAACCUCACUGUGACAGAUCAAGCAGUCAUCCUGCAAGGCCCCAGCGUUCCUGUUACAGAAGGAAGUGCUAUCAGACUGUGUUGCACAACAAGAACACAGGCCUGUAACAGAGACGCUGUCUUAUACAAAGACAACACCAUCCUGCGGUCACAACAGCCUGAUGUCACAGGUCUCAUAAUCAUUCAAAACAUGUUCAAGUCCAAUGAAGGCUUCUACAGAUGUGUCAUUAAUGGCACUGAGAAUCCAAACACUCCUCCACUUCAUUUCUUCACUGUUUUGGUUUUGGCCAUAGUUGGUGCUUUGGUUCUGGUGGUUCUUCUGAUUUUCCUGGUUUGCUGCUGGUUUGCUGCUCAAAAAUAUCAAAGAGAUCUAAGGAAAAACUUAAGAUCAAAUAAAAGGAACAUAUACAGCACCAGAAAAUAUUAAAAUGAUACUGAUAUAAAGUUAACUAAAACUUAACCAAGGAAAUAUCUACCUUUGGUGAACGCUACUGUUAAAACAAACCUUAGUGAACCAUACUUUUCCUUUUUCCCCAUUUGAGGUUUGUGGUCUGUGAGCUAAAAGCACUGAUUUUCAAAAUUGUGAAAGACAU